GCAAUCCUAUGAGGUCAUUAUCUUUCAAAAGGCAGUAUUCAAAGUAUGAACUGGGUAGUUGGUCCAUACUCUUCAACAGGCACCGCUAUCUCUUAACUGUUUUAACCCUACUGAUUAUCCUAUGUACAGUUUAUCUUUACUUUGCAAUUUCUUUUGGGACCAAACACUCAUGUGCUGGGUUGACUGGUCCUCAGAAACAUUCUUGUCAUAUGGAGCUUGUUAAGAGUGAACUCCGAACUACUCGUAGACAUUUUUGA